AUUUAUCAAGAAAUUGUCAGCAAUAUCUAUAAUGUUGUUUCUAUUGCUACACCUAGUCCUUAGGCUCAAAGAAUGGUUAUUAAAAACGAAAAUUUAUUUUUUUAAUUUGGUUGAUCUAUCAUCUAAUCCACUUCCACAACCUUCAACUUUUCCUACUAUUUUGAAUUGUAAUUUGGAAGGUAGAAAGUCUCAAACACUAGUUUGUGACAUUUAUGAUAUCCUAUUAAGGACUCAUUCCUUCUUUCCUUAUUUCAUGUUAGUUUCCUUUGAAGGUGGUAGUAUUUUCAGAGCUUUCUUAUUACUUUCUUCAUGUCCUAUAUUAAUGUUUUUAAGCUAUGAACAAAAGCUUAAACUCAUGAUAUUCAUCACUUUUUGUGGACUUAAAAAAAAGGACAUGGAAAUGACUUCAAGAGUAGUUUUACCAAAGUAUUACAUGGAGAACCUUAACCUUAAGGCUUAUGAGGUUUUGGUUUCAUUUGGGUGUAGAGUUUUCUUCACUAAUGUGCCUAGAGUUAUGGUAGAAGGGUUUCUUAAAGAAUAUUUGAAUGGUGAUGAUGUUAUUGGUAGUGAAUUGCACACUAUUGGAUGUUACUUCACUGGUUUUAUUUCAAGGAAUUGUUUCAUUGAUAAGCAAAGUGCACUUUUGGAUUAUUUUGGAGAUAGAAAGCCUCAUGUAGGAAUUAGCAGCACAUGUGUCAAUGAUCAUCAUUUUAUCUCUUUUUGUAAGGAAGCUUAUGUGGUGAGCAAUGAAAUAUGUCCAAGCUCAAUUAUGCCAAGAGAAAAGUAUCCAAAACCAUUAAUAUUUCAUGAUGGAAGACUAGCAUUUUUCCCAACACCUUUAUCAACUCUCUACAUGUUCAUGUGGCUACCAAUUGGAGUUCCAAUAUCCAUUUAUAGAAUUCUCCUUGGCUUAAUUCUUCAUUACAAAUGGUCACUUACAUUAGUAACAUUUAGUGGUAUAACUAUAAGUCUAAAAACCAUUAGUAAUACUAAAAAGAAAUUAGAACAAAAAAAAGGAGUACUUUAUGUUUGUACACAUAGGACUUUGGUAGAUCCUAUUUUUCUUAGCAUGAGUUUGAAAAAGCCUUUAACUACUGUUACUUACAGCUUAAGCAAAGUGUCAGAAAUCUUAUCUCCUAUUAGGACAAUGAGAUUAACAAGGGACAAAGAACAAGAUAGGAAAACAAUGCAAAGUUUGCUUAGUGAAGGUGAUUUGGUUGUGUGUCCUGAAGGAACAACUUGUAGGGAACCUUAUUUAUUAAGGUUUAGCUCUCUUUUUGCUGAACUUACUGAUGAGAUUGUUCCUGUGGCUUUACAAGCUAAGGUGUGUUUGUUUUAUGGUACCACAGCUAGUGGUCUUAAAAGUUUGGACUCUGUUUUUUUCUUUAUGAAUCCAUGGCCUUGUUAUGAAGUUGAAAUCCUUGAAAAGGUUCCUAAAGAAUUUACUUGUGGUGGGGGAAAGUGUCCUUAUGAAGUGGCUAAUUAUGUACAAAGAGAGUUGGGAAAUGCUUUGGGAUUUGAGUCUACUAAUAUUACAAGGAGGGAUAAAUAUAUGAUGUUGGCUGGAAAUGAAGGGGUUGUUCAAAAAGAGAAAUGAAAAUUUGUGGUGAUUGGAGUUUCACAUUCAAGAUGUAUAAAUUUGUUUUACUAUAAGAAUGAAAGGAAAAUAGUGUGAUCAUGUAUAAAAAAAAUAUAUAAAAACGAUAUUUGUUUAUUUUGUAUCAUA